AUGGACAGACGGAGGGGAGGGCGGCCUGCGACGGGCCGAGCCCAGCCCCAGGGCCACCCCUGCCCCAUGGGCGCCGCGGCCCCGACGGUGGCCUUCCCCGAAAACGGCCGCGAGGAGCAGUGGGGCCUGCACCCCGUGCCACUCCACAGAGCGGUGGCUGCCAACACCCCCAGGCGAGCAGCAGAAGCUUCCUCUCCACAGCCUGGCAGGAGUGAGUGCUUCAGUACGGGCGCUGGCACCCCGCAUGCUGCCGAGGGGGACGGGACCUCGCACGCCCAGCUCCCAGACCGGAAGCCAGGCCUGCCUGCCGAUGGACACCCGCACCCCCGACCCCGGGCUCCAGUCGGAAUCCGGCAGCAGCGGCUCUACUGCCCCAAGUAUGGGGUCUCUGGCAAGAAGGGCGGCGUCCUGAUUCCCAAGGGCCGGGCGUGGACCCCGAAGCUGGCAGGGCCCCCAGCACCCCCUCCCCCGGCCACACCCAGCUCUCCCCCGGCCUGGCCCACAGGGGACUCCCUUGCUCUGCUUCACGGGACUCGGCGGCCCCGGGUCCGCGGCGGCGGCACCAGGGAGACCCGGAGGGGGACAGGCGGGGGAGGUCCUGGCGCCCUCUGCGGACCCGCCCGCCCCGCGCUCCUCGGUGUCCGCCGCAGCCCCGCCCGGCAGCACCCCUCGCCCCGGCCGCGGCCGCCGCACCUGCUGCGCACCUGUCCCCGGGGGCGCGCGGCCAACCACACCUGCAAGAUGGCCGCCGCAGGUGCAGCCCCGGACCCCCGGACCCCCGGACCCCCGGACCCAGGCUGGGGCGGCGGCUGCGCGGGGCUGUGCGCGCCCGUCCCGGCGGCCUCGCACCCGCAGCGCAGCGCCCGGCCCGGCCUCCAGCCUCCAGCCUCCAGCCUCCAGCCUGCAGCGCCGCCCGUCGGGGAGGCCCGCCCCCGGCCCCGGGAAGGGCCGCAGCGCGGAAGCCAGGGAGGGGGCCCCGGAGAGGGCCCCGGCGGCGCGCGUCCUCCCGGCGGCGACCCUUGGAGCGGGCGCCGCAGCGACGCGGCCCUUCCCGGGGGCCCCGCGGGGCCGGGGACGGAGGGGACGCCCCUGAAUUCGCCCCAUUGUUCUCCUCGGGGACGGGGGAGGAAAGAGGGAGGACGCGGGGUGGAAAGGGGCCGCGCCUCGGCGGCGACAAGGACGCGCUCGGGCCGGGAGCUCCGCACGGGGGCCGCGGCCGAGCCGCUGCGGGUGCGGGUGCGGGUGCGGGCGCGGGGGCAGGUGCGGGCGCAGGUGCGGGCGCGGGGGCAGGUGCGGGCGCAGGUGCGGGCGCGGGCGGGCGGGCGCCUUACCUCUCCGGCGUCACUGGCGGCGGCCCCGCAUGGGCACCGGCAGGGGCGCGGGUCCCCGAGCGCGGAGCUGCGGCGGCGGCGGCGGCGGCGGCUCCGGGGCUCGCUGGGCGCUGUGACGGCGGCGCCGCGUGACGGGCUGCGCGCCCCCGGCCCGGCCCGCCCCGCGCCCCUCCCGCCGCGCUGGUUGGCUGCGCGCGGCGCCCGAGCCCCAGCCGCCAGCUGGUUCGUCGCGCGGGAGAGGGACGGGCGUGCGGCCGCGUCGGGGAGGGGGCGGGGGCGGGGGCCGGGGCUGGGCCGUGACAUCACCGCCGACACCGCGCCCGGCGAGCCGGGGAGCGGGGGGCCCGGGAGCCGACCUCGGCGCGCACGCGGGCCCGUCCACGCGCGCAGCCCGCGCGCCCUUGGGGGGGGCCGGGCCCCCGCGCACCCGCACCCGCCCCCGCACCCGCACCCGCGGGGACCCCGCGCCGGCCUCGGCCUCCCCCUCCGGCCCCUCUGGCGGGGACACCGCCACCUGCCCCCGCCCCCGCACACAAACACCCGGGAGGCCCGCGGCACCAGCGCCCGGGCGCAGCGGCGGGGCGGAGGGGCGGGGGGGGCCCCGACCUGGUGUAACAGGGAUGAUGCAACCCGCGCGGCCUCCGUCCGCCUCUGCUCCCGGCACGCCCUGGGUGGAGACCCCCCCGCGCCCCCGGCUGCCCCGGGUCGUGGCCGGCCUGCAGCCUGUGUCCCCCGAGACACGCCGCCCCCGGCCCACGCGGGCAAACCCGCCUUCGUCGACCUCCGCAGAGGCUGUCCGGGCCCCCGGGGCCGACUGGCAUCUCCGUUGCCAAUGGGCUCCCUCCGCCCCAGGGGACGUCGAGGGAGCCCCCGGCCAGCUCACCCACCCGAACUGCGCCCAGCCCCUGUCCGCUGCGCGCUCUCGCGGCUCCGCGGCUCCGCCUCCCCCAGCGCCCAGCAGGCUGGCAGGCCGGCCCGCGUGCAGCGCAUUCGGGAACCUCGGCCACCCUGCGGCCACCCUGCGGGCGGAGAUGCGGUGGUGACUGAGCAGCAGCCGCUGGCCUGGGUGCAGUGGAAGGAGGCCCCCGAGGGCCGGCCCUGGCCCAGCGUGUGCAGACUUACGGUGAAGGUGGGCGUGGGGGGCGUAGACAUCCCCCCUCUAGCAGGGCCCGGGGUCUGCAGGGUGGACUCCCUGCGGGCCUGGCCCCUCUUCCCUGAGCACCCCUCGUGGGUUGCCGUGCUUGCGGAUGGCUUUGGUCGCUCCACGGAGGACUCCAGGCUCCAGUAUGGCCCCCACCCUGUGGCCUCCGGGACCGCGAGCAUCCUUGAGCAGCUGGGGGUUCGCCCUCCUACCGUGGCCCUUGGCCCUGCCCACCUGGAGUGGAUGCGCAGCGUGGGCUCUGUGCUACCCGCCUUGUGCCAGUGA